AAAGAAGCUAUCAAUGUAAUAUGUUAUAGUUGUGAAAUAAUUCUCCGACAAAAACCCUCCUCCUUUGCCAUCCCAACACCCGAGGAUUGUUAGGCCCUGAGGCUUCUUAAGCUUUUCCAUUAGGUGGAGAAGUUACUCUCCGGUGGCAAAAAUGGCGUCCAGUUUCUUCAUUCCUCUUGCCACCUUCUUCCUCUUGUUCUCAUCCUGCUUCGCCACCACCAAAAUGAUCCGUUUCUCUCAAAACAUCUCCCCGGCAUCUCUGGGCCUCCAUGAGGAAAAGCUGAGCCGCCUUCACUUCUACUUUCACGACAUCGUGAGCGGCCCAAACCCCAGCGCCGUGAGGGUGGCAGCGGCCGGUAUGACUAACAGUUCGCCGACGGGAUUCGGGGCAGUGGUGAUGAUGGACGAUCCAUUGACGGCAAGGCCCGAGCUCAGCUCCGCUCUUGUGGGAAGAGCCCAAGGCAUUUAUGCGUCGGCUUCGCAAGAAGAAGCGGGGUAUUUGAUGGUGUUGAACUUUGCUUUUACGGAAGGGAAAUAUAACGGCAGCAACUUGAGCGUCUUAGGGCGGAACAAGGUGUUUACCACCGUGAGGGAGAUGCCGAUAGUCGGAGGGAGCGGCGCUUUCCGAUUCGCACGUGGCUAUGCUCAGGCCAAGACUCACACGAUUGAUCUCAAAAAAGGCGACGCUAUAGUGGAGUACAACGUCUACGUUUUCCACUAUUGAUCAUUUGAUUGGGACCCUGUCUUUGUCUUUGAAAAGUCAGCUCGCCUCAAACUUGCUUUCACUGUUUUGAUUUUUUUUUUGAAAAAAUUUCAAUAAAGUUUCUUUGAACAUGCUUACUUAAA